AUGGGGCCGACCUGCGAAAAAGCCGAUAAGAAUGGUUCCUCGCCAGAAGGUUCACAUCCUCCAGACCCAGUCGCUAUACUUCCUGUUACUCUCCCACAUCAGCCCAGGGCUAGCUGUCAGGCCAGGUCGAAAUUCACGUAUCAGGAUGACCUCACAGCACAGGCACGGAAUCCGGCGAGGUACUCGACGAAGCUAAUCGAUGAGCUGGAGAACAAGGAAGAAUCCACCAUCGUAGAAGGGCAUCUUUCCAAACGCACUCAGUCGGCGGAUUCCAGUGGUGUGGCUACUGGGUUGCCACUCCCCAAGAAUGAAAAUUAUUCUGAUCCGUUUGACGAUAUGGCUGUCCUGACCACCGAGAUUCAAGACGACAGCGGCCAGCGCACUAUGACCUUCCGCUCCGUCUUGACUGGAUUACUAGCUUCCAUCUUCGGAGCCGCGAUAGCGGAGGUUUUCAUGUUCAAGCCCGUACACUUUAACGUAGAUAUCCUAUUUCUUCAGAUAAUCUGCUUGAUCAUGGGCAAAUUUUUCGCCACGAUCCCGGGUCCGCAUUGGUGGAAUCCAGGAUCAUUGGACACAAAAGAGACUGUAUUCAGCGUUAUCAUGGCAGCUUCCGCGUCUGCCGGUGUGCUUGGAGUGGAAGUUAUUGCGUCUCAAGAUGUCAUGUUCGAGAAAAGCAUGAGUCUUGUCGUCUCUAUUAUGACACUGCUGAGUAGUCAGCUGAUAGGAUAUGGAAUGGCAGGGCUGUUGCGCCCGAUCCUGGUUUAUCCAGCCGAAAUCACUUAUCCCGGCGUGCUACCCGUCGUGGCACUGUUUCAGUCCAUGUCUAGCGAAUCAAAAAGAACUGUGGAACAAAUGAGCUUCUUCAAGAAAACGAUAGCAUCUAUCUCCCUGUAUGAAAUACUUCCGACUUACCUUGCUCCAGCCCUUUCAGCAAUUAGCAUCUGGUGCCUCGCUUUACCUAAAGUCCCGGCAAUUACAAACUUGUUUGGCGGUUCUUUGCCUGCAGAAGGCAUGGGUCUAAUGGCUUUCAGUGGGGAUUGGACUUUGGUAGGCAGUCAUUCGCCGCUUUUUGUGCCCCUCCUGGCCCAGAUGACUGAUUGGGUGGCGUACUUCGGAUGCAUCAUCAUAUACUCGGGUGCUUAUACGUUUAAUUGGUUCAAUGGAGGCCAUCUUCCCUUCAUUUCAUACAGCAUCUUCGAUAAAAAUGGACACAGAUACAACUUGACCAGUGCUGUCAUGAAAAAUGGAACCGGAAAUGCGACUGUUAUCGAACAACUGGGCGCGCCAUCCUUCGCCACUACAUUUGUGUUAUCCAAAGCAUUUUUAUGUAUGGCCUCAUCUGCUUCGGUAACAAUCGGCGGAUAUGUCAGUCUCGUUUCAUAUCUGGAGAACAGGAAACAAAUAAAGCUGCGCGGGAAGAUUUCGAAUCCUUGCCCACAUCGAGAAAUAACGAAGAAGAUGCGGGACUUUCCAGCAUACGCCUACGCCGCAAUUCUUGUAGGAGCGACCGCACUAGCGUUCCUAUCAUGUUACUUGGCAGAUUCUGGACUUACUCCGGAGGCCUUGGCCGUAUCGCUUUUGAUUUCCUUUGUGCUAUCGCUAUUUCUAUGGAACUCUUGGUAUCCAUCUUUAUACUGCACCCUCUCUUUUUUCAGUGGUAUCCUGUUUCCUGGGAAUGCUAUCGGAACAAUGUGGUUCACGAUGUACGGUUCAACUAGCGUUAAGCAAAGUGUACUCAUGCUCAAAGACUUGAAGCUAGGGACCUAUAUGCACCUUGCUCCGUUUUCCGUGGUAAUGGCUCAGCUUAUUGGAACAAUCACUGGCGGAUUCGUCCAUAUUUUCGUGAUGCUCUCGAUAGUUAAUGCUCAGCGCGAAGUCCUAUUAAUGCCCAGUGGAAACGGGAUAUUCUCUGGCAUGCACUUGAGUGUCAUAGCAUCUCAAUCAACUGCAUGGGGAUUAUUCAGUCGGGACAUCUACUACCCCGGAAAAAUCUAUGCCAUUGUUCCAUAUUUUCUCCUUGUAGGGUUCCUUGUACCCGUCCCUUUUAUUAUUUUUAAUAGGUAUAACCCUAAAAGCAUCUUCGCAAAAAUAAACAGCUCUCUGUUUAUUGCCAGUUUAUCACAUGGGAUGUUCGGUGCGAACGCUGGGCGCUUCACAGCGGUCAUUGUAGGCUUUAUAUCUCAGUUCUUCAUGCGGAAAUAUCAUUUCAAGUGGUACAAUAAAUACAAUUACAUCUUAUGCGCUGCUCUUGAUGGAGGUACUCAGAUAGCUGUGGUAUUGUUGGCGUUUUUCUUUCAAGGCGGUGCUGGCUUCCAAGUCAAAAUCCCAACUUACUUCUUGAAUCCGAAGGGGCCUCGAGAUUAUUGCAAAUUGUUUACCUCCAAUACAGCUCAUUGA